AAUGGACAGGAAAAUGCAUCAAGGAAGCUAACAGUAGUGGGACCGUGGGGAGGAAACGGUGGAACGAGCUGGGAUGAUGGGAAAUACACUGGUGUUAGAGAGAUCAAAAUCGUUUACGACCGUUGCAUCGACUCCAUCCGUGUUGAGUACGAUAAUAACGGUAAGCCCGUUCUAUCAGAAAAGCACGGUGGUACUGGAGGCAACCGUACUGCCAACAUUAAGCUGAUAUAUCCAGAGGAGCACAUAAUAGCUGUGAGUGGUCAUUACUGCCCGGUUGUGUACGGAGGCACGCCGGUGAUUCGAUCACUGGCGUUCAAAACGAAUCAGAGGACCUUUGGACCAUACGGAGUGGAAGAAGGAACACCCUUUACCUUCUCAAUGAAAGAUGAUCUCAUCCUAGGCUUCAUGGGUCGUAGUGGGUGGUAUUUAGAUUCCAUCGGAUUCCGUUUGAGCCAUGUCAAAACCACCACCACUAUCUUCCAUAAGGUUCAGCAGCAGCUCAUCAAGCUCCGCGGCCAUUACUCAAAAUCCUCCGCCGACCAGAAUAAUCAGAAGAAAACCCAUCGUUGAACUGAAAAAAGAACCCUCUUGUCUACAUGGUUUCAGUUAAUUCCUUAGUGCUUUUGUUGAUGCUAGCAGUUUGU